AUGGUCUGUCAUUCGCUUAUUGCGCUCGCACUUGGUGCUGUUGCCGCUGCUAUCCCUACGAUUGAGGUCAAGGGAUCCAAGUUCUUCACCAGCGAUGGCGAUCAGUUCUACGUCAAGGGCAUCGCGUAUCAACUUGUCCCCGAUGACCCACUCAUCGAUGCCACUCAAUGUAGCGCCGAUGCUUCGCUCAUGCAAAGCAUUGGCACCAAUUCAAUACGAGUGUACCAUGUUGAGGCAGAUGGAGAUCACGAGGAUUGCAUGAAGGCGUUCGCGGAUGCUGGAAUCUACGUCUGGCUCGAUCUUGAUACCUUUGACACGUACGUCGAGCAAGUCACGCCCAAGUGGACUAAGCCGCAGAGUGAUGCCUUCGAGAAGGUCAUGGAUGAAUUCCAGCAAUACGACAACCUCGCGGGUUUCUUCGUCGGCAAUGAGGCCAUCACCAACGCCAACGGCUCCGUAACAGCGCCCUACAUCAAAGCAGCCGCACGUGACAUGAAAGCCUACCGUACUUCCAAGAAGUACCGCAACAUCCCCAUCGGCUACUCGGCUGCCGAUAUUGCAACCCUACGGCCCAUGCUGCAAAACUACCUCGCAUGCGGCGACGACACGAAGGAGUCGCUCGACUUCUUCAGUUUAAAUGCCUAUUCGUGGUGCGGUAGCAGCACAUUCGAGCAGUCUGGAUACAACAUCCUGGAGAAGAAUUCCACAGAUCUGCAUAUUCCGAUCUUCAUGUCGGAGACCGGGUGUAAUACGGUACGACCGCGUGACUUCAUGGACCAGACUGCCUUGUUCGGCGAGAUGGCGGAUGUAUGGUCUGGUAGCAUCAUUUACGAGUGGAUCGAGGAGGCGAACAGCUACGGGCUUAUCAAGUAUGGGGACAAGGUUGAUCCUGCGUCGGUUGGUGCACCUGCGGAUGGGUUUCCACGCUCUGGCAAACCAAUACCCAUGGAGCCCGACUUCUCCAAUCUUAGUAAGGUAUGGAAGACUUUGAACCCCACCGGUGUCAAGGCAGCAGACUACACACCCACCAAAAAGCCUGUCGCUUGCCCUGAAUACACCUCUGGUUUCUGGGAAGUCGACCCCAAGGCCGCGCUCCCUACGCUCGGCCAGGUGCACAACUUUCAUGCCCAGCAGGCUACGACUACGACUGCAGAUGGCGCUUCUGCCACUGGUUCUGCGUCGAAGGCUGACUCUGGCUCUGACUCUGGCUCUGGUUCUGACUCUAGCUCCAAGUCAGAAUCUGGAUCCGGAACUGAAACAGCAGGACAAGCGAGUGCAACUACAAGUGCAGGCGCUGCUCCGGAUGCGCUUGCUCGUGAAGUCAAGGGCGCAGGCGUGGUCGUGGCUGUAGGUGCUCUGGCUCUGAUGGCAUGGCUGUAA